AUGCAUCAAAUACAUCACAUACAGCAGACUCCAGCAACAGCACACUCCAGCAACAGCACACUCCAGCAACAGCACACUCCAGCAACAGCACACUCCAGCAACAGCACACUCCAGCAACAGCACACUCCAGCAACAGCACACUCCAGCAACAGCACACUCCAGCAACAGCAGACUCCAGCAACAGCACACUCCAGCAACAGCAGACUCCAGCAACAGCACACUCCAGCAACAGCACACUCCAGCAACAGCAGACUCCAGCAACAGCAGACUCCAGCAACAGCAGACUCCAGCAACAGCAGACUCCAGCAACAGCAGACUCCAGCAACAGCACACUCCAGCAACAGCAGACUCCAGCAACAGCACACUCCAGCAACAGCAGACUCCAGCAACAGCACACUCCAGCAACAGCAGACUCCAGCAACAGCACACUCCAGCAACAGCACACUCCAGCAACAGCAGAAUGGCCGGCAGACACCAAUACAGCAGACACCAAUACAGCAGACACCAAUACAGCAGACACCAAUACAGCAGACACCCAUACAGGCAGACACCAAUACAGCAGACACCAGUACAGCAGACACCAAUACAGCAGACACCAAUACAGCAGACACCAACCAAUACAAGCUCUCCAACUUAUCCACCAGUUGA